AUGGCACAGGGGCUUGGAAAAGAAUACUGUGCAAUGCCGAAUAUCUGCCAGAGCGACUUCGGUCGCUGUGAUUCAGAUGUGAUGCCUGCUGGAUACAACAUGUCUGUGGAUGACCGCCCACAAAUAGGUGUGGUCCCAUACGGCAGUGUCAUUUCCAACUGUAGAAUGCCACGAGUGAUUGCAUUGACAUAUGACGAUGGACCGUCUGAAAACACCAAGGAGCUUCUCGACAUUCUUGAAGAAGCAGGGGCAAAGGCUACCUUCUUUGUGUCUGGCAACAACAACGGCAAAGGUGAAAUUGAUCUGACUCCGACGUGGACCGACACCAUAAAACGCAUGGCCCAGGAAGGGCAUCAGAUUGCUUCCCAUACCUGGUCUCACGCCGAUCUCGACAAAGCGUCAUGGGAAUCUCGGAGGCUGGAAAUGCUCAAGAACGAGCGGGCAUUGGCCAACAUUCUGAACGUAUACCCGACGUAUAUGCGACCUCCGUACCUGCGCUGCAGUAACCAGACAGAGUGUUUGGGAGAUAUGAGGGGUCUUGGAUAUCAUGUUAUCUCAUACUCUUUUGACAGCACUGACUGGAUGCACAAGGACAACCUUACCUCCAUGACCGCAGCUUUUGAUCGUGUGUUGCAGACGGUGGAGGUCAAUGAGGGCAGGAUGUUACUCAUCCAGCACGACACGAUUCGAGCAUCGGCCAUUGAUCUGACGAGGCACGUCUUGAAGCGGGUGUCGCAAAGAGGAUGGAGAGCCGUCACUGUUGGAGAGUGUCUCGAAGAUGGACCUGAAGGCUGGUAUCGUUCGCCUGGCUGGACGAGUCCAUCAUCGACGGCCGACCAGGGCUGCCUCGUGCUCAGCGAUGGAUUCUGCGGCAAGCUGGGCAGGUUCAAGACCAAGCUUGAGUGUGUCCGGAGCAACAUCAAAUGCUACAAACACGUGAAGCAAUGCGAGGAGGGAAGGGUAGACGAGGAGGCAUGUCGGUCAUUCAAGGAGCUUUGUCUUGUUCAAUCCUUGUUUUGCGCACAGUGUGGACGAUCGAAGAAGAACUCGCCGGCAUGCGACAUCGAGCAGCUGAACGUGUUCAACCACGGCUGA